AGGCACACACAUAGAGGGAGAGGGAGUAGAAACUGUUAAAACGUGUGUUCGCUCUUGCCAGUCUCAGCAUCGCUCAGUUUCUGCAGGAGGCUGCUCAGGAUCUCCACUGGCACCGAUGACCAGAUAUGAUCUACCCACUUCUCAGUCAACCCAUUUUACUCUGAGCUAGGAUCUCUCCAUUUGUUUGCAUGGAUGAUAACAGCCUACCGCAUAUUCAUGGAUUUCUCAUACCACAACUAAUUUGACUCAAACCCGGGAUCGGUGAGAGAAAAAAAACAAAAGACAAAAAAAGAGGGACUCAAGUGCUUUCCAGCGUCUUUUAGCUUUGUGGAAACUGCAUUUUAGCCUGCCUUGGACAUGGGACCGUGCGUCAGCCGAGAGGGAUCUGGUGCCGGAGGAAGAACCUCUUCCUGAAGGAGGAAAAGCCCGUGUGCUGGAGUUUUUUUAAAUUUUGGUCUUUGCUACCGGGGAGGGGGAGCUGUCGGUUUUACGCGCCGGAAUGAUGCGUCCCAACCGCGGCUUCAUCCUACUCCUCCUCAAUGGAACCGCUUGUUUGGUGGCCCUGGGUCAAGAAGACCACUCCUCCAGCCCCAAGACCUCUUCAGAUGACUCCUCCAAGACACUGGGCCUCAUGAGCGGGCAGGCUUCCCUCUCGCCCUUGAGCCGCUGGAUGCUUCAUAGUAAGAGCAGAGCUGCUAAUGCCACCUCUCUGGAACUGCCCUACCGCUCUCCGGUCCCUUUCUCCAAGCAGGAGUUUUCUAAACAGGAAUUCUGGGAGAUGUUGGGCAGCGACCUGCUCAAACCCGACGCCUCCAGCUCCAGGGUCAAACGAAGGCCCAUCGUUAAGACCGGCAAGUUCAAGAAGAUGUUUGGCUGGGGAGACUUCUAUUCCAAUAUCAAGACGGUUAGGCUUAACCUGCUGAUCACCGGCAAGAUUGUGGACCACGGUAACGGCACGUUUAGCGUCUACUUCCGCCACAACUCCACAGGCCAGGGCAAUAUCUCAGUCAGCCUGGUGCCACCUGUCAAGGCGGUUGAGUUUGACCUGGAGCGCCAGAGCGUGGUCUACCCCAAGGACUCAAAGAUCUUCAACUGCCGCGUGGACUAUGAGAAGGUGGAUCGCAGCAAGCGCACCUCGCUGUGCAACUACGACCCAUCCAAGACCUGCUUCCAGGAGCAGAUUCAGAGCCACGUGUCCUGGAUUUGCUCCAAGCCUUUCAAGGUCAUCUGUAUCUACAUUUCCUUCUACAGUACGGACUACCGCCUAGUCCAAAAAGUUUGCCCGGACUACAACUACCAUAAUGAGAUGCCCUACCUGCCCUCGGGCUAGGAGACAUGUAGGGGGGAGGAGAGGUGGGAGGGGAGAGGAAAAGGGGGAUGAGUAGGAGUGACUACAACACAUGAGGAGGAAACCAGGGCUGUGAAUCGUCCUUAAUGCCAUUGUGGCAGCAAGACACCUUAAAAAAACCUUCUCUGUAGCCUGACUACUGUAAGAUGUAAAAACAUAUAUGCAAAACACAAACCACAGUAUGCAGAUAAUGAGGCAUUUGGAAUGCUUAACUGCAGCAUUCAUUAACUGGACUGGUAGUGAAAAUCAAAUAUCGCCAACACGCACAUUCUUACCUCAAACCAGUUUCUAAAUGCCAUCUUCUCGCCAGCUAUUUCUCUCUUCCAUUAAAUCAUUUGUGAAUGUUG